AUGGGUAAGGAUUAUGAUUUAUUUAUGGAAUAUUGGGAAAGAAAAGAAAUAGAUAAAAUAAUUGAAAAAAUGAACCAAGAAUUGAAAAAAUUAAUGGAUGGUUGUCAAGGGCCCAAUGUUUUUCAGCAACAACAAUUAGAUUGUGACCCAAGCCAAAAACCCCAAGAUCAAAAGAUUUUGAGUGGUGAAGAUGUUCAUUUAUUUAUAAGCUCUGAAAAAAAGGAAUCUCAAAUAGAUGUGGUCCAAAAAGAUAAAAAUGGUGAUCUCUCCCUUGAAAAUAAUAAAAUAGAAGAUACGUAA